UCAAGAAGUAUACAUAAUACCAGCCCUAAGGUUAUACUGCAGCUUCAUGUCUUUGGUUAUUUCUCACUUAGAUUUUUCUAUUUUGUUCUGGUCUCCAUAUUAUAGGAUGAACACGAAUAUAAUGGAUAAUAUACAAAGAAGAAUGAAAUUGAGCCCAUGUAUCAGAAAUCUUUCUUAUGAAGAUAGUCUGAAGGUACUGAACUUAGUCUGGCAAAACGUAGUAUUAAUAACGGGAUAUGAGUUAUGUGUACAAAUGGUUAGUCUAGUUAGCCGGACUUGAGUCCUGGAGGUGGAAAUACAGUGCCUGCACUCUGAAGGAAGGGUGGAGAUAUUUGCAGUUUUGUAUAGAAGUAUCAGCAUCCCUCUGGCAAGACAGUGAUGGAGUGAGUGAUGGUGAAGGUGUUUCUUCGUUUUUGGGUCACCCUACCUUGGAUAAAUCUUCAAGCAAACUAUUCGUACUGUAGAGGAGAGAUUAAAGAGGAAAGAAAAUUAUGCUAAACUGUACAUGAAAUACAAUAGAAAAAUACUCGUGCAGCAAUUAGGAACAGAUGAGUUUUUUAGGAGUUGCUCAAAUCUACCCAAACAUCCAAUCUUCGUGAGAGCAAAAUGAUUUCUUCUGUGUCAAGCAAGCUGUCAGAAAAGCAGAAGAGCAAUUUACUAGUGCUAUCUCAGCUUUCAAAUGAUAGCUUUCUGGCUGCUUGGGACUCCAGUCUGCAGCUUUUGAAAGAAAAAAAAAGACUAGCUAGAAAAUGUCAGCCGUAUUAUAUUGUGAAUAAUACCAAGAAUGAAACAGAAUUGCAAGCUGAGAUAUUGUGCCAACUCCUUGAGUCACUAGUGCAAGAAACUGUCUCAGAUGAGGAUCUUGCAUCUAUUUUGACUUCUUCAGGCCUUCAGAAAGAUCGAACUAAUCUUUUUGUGUCACAGUAUGAUCAGCUUCAAGAAUUGAUAUCCUUAAGAAAGCAGCUUACUAACCCAAGAGAGCAUCUUGUUGACCUUCAGUGGAAAUUUGGAGUUGUGGCUGGCAGCAGCUCAGAGGAUGAAGCAGGGCGAACAUUUGUGCAGGUCAAGAUUGUCUCUUGUGUCCCUGAUGGUGGUCUCACUUCCAGACACAUUGAGAUGUCUCUUCAGAAAUUUUAUGAUUUCUUGCAUCAGCUGGAGAAAGCUAAAGCUAGUUUGGAAUAUAUGAAUUACUUGUAAUUCCUAUACAGUAUACUACUAGACAAUAUAAAUGUGUAUAAAUACAGUAUACCAUAUUUUACAGUGAACAAGACGCUCCGGUGUCUAGGACACCUCCCCCAAUUCUGAUUGGAUAAAUUUUGGAAAAAAAGAUACACGAUACUUUGGCCUCCAAGACACUGUGUAAAUUUUCAACACUUUUGGGGAAAAAAACAGCAUUUUCAACACUGUAAAAUACAGUAAUUUUUUAUGAAAUACUGUAUCUGUGUAUAAAUUAUGGAGAAAAGAAAACAAUUUAAAUAUAAUAGGAAGUAAUCAUAAACUGUCAUUCUUAUGAAGCAGAAGUUUAAUAAUGUGUUAAUUCAUUUGUAUUGUGAUUAUGAUAAUUAAUUUCUAUUGUCAUUAUGAUAGUUUAUUUCUAUUGUAAUUAUAAUUCAUUUCUAUUGUAUUUCCUUUCCUAUUCUUACUUUAAGAAACAAGAUUUGCAACAUUAAAAUCUGGCAUCAUUAAGAGAUAAACCUAUAAAUCUUUAACAUUAAAAUCCUUUUUAUGUCAGUAGGCUAACCAGUAUUUUUAUGUAACAUUAUUAUUAUUUAGAGGAAAAUGCUAAACCCAUAGGGGUCAUAUAGCAUCAGUUUGAUUCAAGGAAGAUAACAUAUGAAAGUCUUUGGAUCAAGAGCCACUUCAUCACCAUCAAGGAGCUUCCCUUAAUGGAAUUACUAUUUUGUUAUUAUUAUAUUUAUGUUUUGCCUACCAAUGGACACCAAUCCUUCUACCAUGAAAAGGUGGCAGACACAUACUAGAAUGAUGUAGUAAUAAUAAUAGCAUUAUUAUUACAGAUCAUCAUGAAGAGUAAAACCCAUAUGGGUCAUACAAUGCGUGGGGAAUAGGAAGUAAUCAGGUUUAAUUCAGUUGUAAAUAUAAAAGAAACACUACCUGUUUAUAAAUUCAAGUCUCUUCUCAAAGAUCACUUACUCACCCAAAACCAAAUAAAUACUGAAUAACUGAACCUUAUAAAUUGUAUAUCUUAAAUGUUUCUUACAAUUAUAUCACAUAAAUGUUAAACCUAAAACCCAAUCUAACUUUAUUAUUUUUAAAAUACACUAACAGAAUACUCCAUACGACUGAAUGUACAACAAUGCAUGCAACCAUAUGACCUGUUUUUGUAAUACUCAUUUGUGCUUUAUAGUUAUCUGUUUACAAUAAUGUAUUAUCACUGAUUUCAUCAUUGCUUAGUUAAUUUUAAGCCAGCCCAUAAUUCUAUGCAUAGUAUAAGUGGCUUUGGCAUGCUGCUCUUAUCUGUAUUUUUUUGUACCUCUGUAUGUAUGCUCAAAUUGUAAAUAAAUAAAUAAAUAAAUAAAUUAU